AUGCUGCUCAGCAUUUUCCUGGGCCAUUUUAUCCUGUCUUCCAGCAGCAGUGGGCUGCACCACCUCAAGUGUUCGGCCCUCCAGUAUGGCCACAUCUUCAGCCGCAGUGGGCUGCACAAAAGCAGCCUCUCUUUAACGGCUUUCAUCCACCCCCAUUCCAGCCACCACUACUACUGCCUCCACAACAUCAACAACAACAUCAGCAUCAACAUCAUCACUACCAUCAUCAACAACAUCAACAGCAACAUGUGCUUACCGACGAGAACGCACAGUAUCUUUGCCCAAGGGGAAGCACCCUCUUGGUUGGCAAGCAUCAAGGUGGCAAUCUUCGAACGGUGGGCAUUCGAGUGCUGGGUGAGGAUCGUGAGGAAUCGGCGGACCCUCCCUGGGACCCCAGGUGGCAGAUAUGUCGGAUUCGUCACUUUCCGAACUGUCGAAGAAGCACAACGGAUCUUGACAGACGUCCAAGCAAAUAAUCAACCGAUUGUACUGCAUGGGAUGCGUCUGCGACUUGAAGAGGCCAGGGGAGAAGGCAUCCACCCACAGCCCGUAGUCAAUGGGCCUAGAGCCAAUGGACACACGGCCAAUGGACACACGGCCACCAGGCACACAGCCACCGGCCCAACAGCCACCGAGCACACAGCCAAUGGACCGACAGUCAACGGACAUGUAGUCCUAGUAGUGAAUGGGCACACAGCCACGGGGCACACAGUCCAUGGGCACACAGCCGAACAGCCAGCAGCCGAACAAGCAGCCGCCGAACAAGCAGCAGCUGAAGAGACCACGAACGUGCCAGCUGCCCCUGCUACCCCCUCUUCUUCAGGGCAAGAGUCGGCUCAGCAGAGUGAGGCUACCACACCUGCAUCCGAAUAAACGCGAUCGACUCUGUGUCGCGUCUUUCUAUCUGCCUGCCUGCAAGCGACGGUGUUUCUGAGGAGUUCCUUGUUUAUUGAAUUUUGCACUGUUUUGUUAUAGCUUGAGCAGUUGUUUUGCCCCGUGCAACCAUGUCGAUGUUCCUCUGCCACGUUUGGUAUAGCCAUGUUUGGUGACUGCCGUUUGGUUGGCAUCUUCUUGGGGUGUAUUCUUUGGGACAUGGCUUUUUUGAAAUUGUGUUGCUGUGUCUUGUGAGAUUCCUGUAUUGGUUGCAGCAGUGCUAUGUCUUCUUGAUAUUCUGAUUGUCGCGUCCUGCGGUUUAGGUUCUUGUGUUGUGUUAUUAA